UUUUAGUAUUUUUUUUUUUGUUCUCAGCUGCAAAACAUUGGAGGAUUCGUCGCUAGUCUCUAGGCUUUUCUCGAGGUCACUACAGCAAUCAAACAAACAAGAGCGCGUGUAGGAUCAUCAUGGCAACCGGAGAUGAGAAAUCGGUGAUGGUAGUGGGAGUCGACGACAGCGAGCAGAGCAUUUACGCCUUGGAGUGGACGCUCGAUCGCUUCUUCGUUCCUUACGCUCCCAAUUACCCCUUCAAGCUCUUCAUCGUCCACGCCAAACCUAACGCCGUCUCUGCCGUUGGUCUCGCUGGUCCCGGAACUGCGGAGGUUGUGCCUUAUGUUGAUGCCGAUUUGAAGCACACGGCUGCUAAGGUUGUCGACAAAGCCAAAUCAAUCUGUCAGUCCAAAUCGGUUCAUGGGGUGGUGAUCGAAGUAUUCGAAGGCGAUGCAAGGAAUAUCCUAUGCGAAGUUGUAGAUAAACACCAUGCUUCUAUUCUUGUUGUGGGCAGCCAUGGAUAUGGAGCUAUCAAGAGGGCGGUACUCGGGAGCACGAGCGACUACUGCGCUCAUCACGCUCAUUGCUCGGUCAUGAUCGUGAAGAAGCCUAAGAUCAAGGCUUGAAAAGCCCGUUCUUUUCUUUAUCAGUCAAAGCAAAGUCUCUAAAUUCAGAAUUACAAUUGCAAUAAAUAAUCCUGUAGCAGCUUGAUGUAAAACAAUUCAAGACAAUAUCAGUAUUUGUGUGUUUAUUACAUACAAUAUUAUGUUA